GACCUAACUUAAACUAUUAAAAUUUUUUGUUUGGACGACUUGACGAUUAUCAACGAAUUGGUAUAGUGAAUUUUAAAAUCAAAAUAAAUAUAAUUUACUUCUUAUGUUAUUGACAAUAUGCUACCAGUAAGAACUUUGCAGAAAGUGUCAAAUUUAGUUAAAGUUCACAAUGUGCAAAAAGUAUUGGCAAGGAAUCUUAUUCCAAUGGUUGUUGAGCAAACAGGACGUGGGGAACGUGCCUAUGAUAUAUAUUCGAGGCUCCUGAAGGAACGGAUAAUAUGUCUCAUGGGACCGAUUACAGACGAUUUGUCAUCGUUGGUUAUUGCUCAAUUACUGUUUCUUCAAUCCGACAGUACUAAGAAGCCGAUUCACAUGUACAUUAACUCGCCCGGAGGAGCAGUAACUGCUGGGCUUGGAAUUUAUGAUACAAUGCAAUACGUUCUUCCCCCUGUGGCCACAUGGUGCGUUGGUCAGGCCUGUUCUAUGGCGAGUUUACUCCUGGCUGCAGGAACUCCUGGCAUGAGACAUGCACUUCCAAAUGCCAGAAUUAUGAUUCAUCAACCUUCAGGAGGCUUUCGGGGACAAGCGACUGAUAUUCAAAUUCAAGCCGAGGAAAUUAUUAAAUUGAAAGGUGUACUCAAUGGUAUUUACGCGAAACACACCGGACUUGACAUAAUCACAAUUCAAAAUAGUAUGGAACGAGACAAAUACAUGUCACCAGCAGAAGCAAAAGAAUUCGGUUUAAUUGACGACAUUCUAAAGCAUCCACUUCCAGAAACAGGAAGUCCUCUUCCAGAGCAAAAUUCAAAUUCGCCCGGUCUGGAGAAAGCGGCCGCAAAUACCACGUAACGAAUUUAGGAAAACUUCUAUUUAUACAAAUAAAUAUUAUAUAUAUUUAAAAAUGAAAGGAGAAAUUAUUCGGGUUCUAUUGUAAAACGUUUUUUUUAUUAAUAAUAUUGAAAAUAAACAUUGUUAUAAAAUGAAUACUAUUAAAAUCGCAGUCAAGCUAAAAUCUCAUCUCUCUUCAUCAAGUUUGAUCAUGCAAGCAAAAUUCAUUAUAAACUAACGCUGGAAUUCACAUUUCAAUUCUAGCAAAAUAACUAUAUGUGAAAAAUAAUUCUCUUCAACGUACUUAUUCAUUAUCAUUAGAGUCCCAUUUUUACUUAAAUUCGUAUAAAAAUCUCAAAAUUAGGGACUAAAAAUAAAAUCUCAUUUUCUUAAACACUAAUUACUGGUUUCAAUAAACAAAAUUUUUCAGUUUUUCUAAAGAAUCGUUUUUUUCUUUAGAGAAUCUGAAUAAUUUUUAUACAUUCGUAUCCGUAGAUUAGAAAAUAUAUCAGUCUAAAUAAAAAGAAUUUUGAUUAUUUAUUAAUUUAACACUUAAAUAGUAGGAAAAAGCAACGUUUUUCGUAUUGUUGUAAAAUAUAAAUCUUGUAAAAUAUGUAAAAAAAAAAUGUCACCAUAAUGGUGCUAGGAAGACGAGUCAUCUUAAUUUAACAUUAAAGAUAAAUGACCAUAAUAAUCAAAUAAAUGCUAAACAUGUAUCACAACAUAUGACAAUAGUCACAACUGCAGCAUACAUCUACAAUAUAGCGUAGACUUAAACUUUUAAAACUACACAAACCGAAAAUCAGACUUCUUGUCAAUUUUUAUAGUUUUGCAAAAGAAAAUUUUGCAUCAUUUCGCUUAUAUAUUAGUUUUUUUUCAUCCGAAUAAUAAUAUUUUAGUAAAAUUUA